AUGGAUUCAGUCUUUUCUGUAAUUGGAUCCUACAUUGACUGGGAUGUCAGAAGUCUGCUGCUCUUCACUGCUGUCUUCAUCCUCACUGCAGAUUAUAUUAAGAACCGUCGGCCGCACAGCUUCCCUCCAGGACCUCGGGCAUUUCCUGUUGUGGGCAACAUAUUCACUGUGGAUUACAACAGGACCCAUGAGAGUAUGACACAGUUAGCAGGGAAAUAUGGAGAUGUGUACAGUCUGCGAAUGGGCCAGACAUGGAUAGUUGUGUUAAACAGAUUUGAGGUUCUGAAAGAAGCUCUGGUAAAUCAGGGAGACAGCCUGGUGGACCGACCAGACAGCCCUCUGGAGUGGGACAUAGGUCAUGGACUAGGUGUAGGUUUCAGUAAUGGGAACACAUGGAAGCAGCAGAGGCGUUUUGCAUUAUCGACCCUCAAAUAUUUUGGAUUUGGCAAGAAGUCACUUGAACCUGUCAUCAUGAAUGAAUUUAUGCAUUGUGCAAAAGACUUCAUUAGCCAUAAAGGUAAACCAUUCAAUCCUCACCUCGUCCUCAACAAUGCUGUCUCCAACAUCAUCUGCACCUUGGUUUUUGGUCAUCGCUUUGAGUACAGUGAUGAGAAGUUCAUCAAACUGAUGAAGAGCUUGGGCAAAGCUUUCCAGCUUCAAGUCUCCAUCUGGGUACAGCUUUACAACGCUUUCCCUCAACUGAUGAGACGUUUGCCAGGGCCACAUCAGACAGUCCUGGACAUCUGGAGCAAUGUGAAGGACUUCAUAAGACUGGAGCUUAAGCAGCACAGACAGAACUGGGAUCCCUCAGACCAAAGAGACUUCAUCGACUGCUACCUGAAUGAGAUUGAAAUGAAUAAGGAGCAGGCUGACAGUACUUUUAAUGAGGAAAACCUGGUUAUGUCUGUCUUGGAUCUGUUUGCGGCUGGCUCUGAGACCACGGCCACCACCCUGCGCUGGGCUUUCCUCUACAUGGCAAAGUACCCUGAGAUCCAGGCAAAGGUCCAGGCUGAGAUAGACAGAGUCAUUGGACAGUCCAGACAGGUGUCCAUGGAAGAUCGUGCAAACCUGCCGUACACUGAUGCUGUCAUACAUGAGAUCCAGAGGAUGGGCAACAUAGUUCCUCUCAGCCUGCCUCAUGCUACCACCAGGGACAUCCAGCUGGGAAGCUACACAAUCCCAAAGGUCAGUUCUGCUACGCAUUUUUAUGCCACAUCAUUACCAUGUUCUUUCUUCAUGAAUUGUCAUUAUGAUUCCAACCACCAGGGACUCAUAAUAAUCCCCAAUCUGACCUCGGUGCUGUUCGAUAAGAAUGAAUGGAAGACGCCCAACACCUUCAACCCAGGACACUUUCUGAACGAGGAGGGCAAGUUUGUGAAGCCAGCUGCUUUCAUCCCGUUCUCUGUUGGUAAGCGGGUGUGUCUCGGAGAGAACCUGGCCAGGAUGGAGCUUUUCCUCUUCUUCACCUCCUUUAUGCAGCACUUCACCUUCUCCAUGCCUGCUGGGGUGAAGCCUGUGAUGGACUAUUGCUUUGGUGUGACUCUGGCACCACGUCAAUAUGAAAUCUGUGUGACGUCACACUAAGAGUAGCUCUGACAUAACAAAUACUCAAAAGAGCAAUAACCUGUCAUAAUUAUGUCAGCAUGACAAGGUUUAUAUCAAAUAGAUACAUGGCUAAUUAUGCAUCACAUUGAUUUUCAAGGCCAGUUAAGCUUAAUCUGGCAUCAUUUUUAAUUUUUUAAUUUACAAAGUUGACAUGAGUCACUUUUUAUUUUUUGUUGAUUUCUGUCUCACAUAUCAGCCAAGAAUGUGAGCUCCAUCUCAGAACUGUUUAUGAUGUUACGUUCUGGAUUUCCAAUACAUGCAAAAGAGGAUAUGGUGGUCAUUUUUUUAUUAUGUAUUGUAACUCAGAUAAUGAUGUGGUGAGUCAAAUAUAGUUUAGGAUAGGACUUUUUUAAGCUUUGGAGUUAAAGGAAGUUCUGAUAGACAACAUAAACUGCUGUGUGCAUCUUUGUGUGUGUGUGUGUGUGUGUGUGUGUGUGUGUGUGUGUGUG